UUAAGCUUUUGCUCGUCCUCACUAUCAAGUACAGUGUAACUAUGCCCGGUAGACUACAGAAUAAGGUUGCAAUCGUAACAGGAGCUGGAUCAGGCAUCGGGCUGGAAUCUUCUAUCUUGUUUGCACAAGAAGGAGCAAAUGUCGUGCUUGUGGAUAUUAACCUUGAAGCAGCCCAGAAUGCCGUGACCUUGAUCGCAACCCGAUCCCCCAAUGUCAAAGUGCUGGCAACAAAAGCGGACGUGAGCAAGGAGGCCGAUGUCAAAGCCGCUGUCGAUUUAGCCAUAAAUGAGUUUGGCAGAUUGGAUGUUAUGGCAAGUUUCAACAACGCAGGCAUCAUGCACCCUGCUGAUGACAACGCUUUAAACACUGAAGAGCACAUCUGGGAUCUUACUAUGCAGAUCAACUUGAAAGGUGUUUGGUGGGGUUGCAAGUAUGCAAUCAUUGCGAUGCGCGAAACCCCCACGGAUGAGGCCAAGGGAUUGCAUCGUGGCGGCAGUAUCAUCAAUACUGCAAGCUUCGUCGCUUUAAUGGGUGCUGCAACCCCACAGCUGGCAUAUACUGCAUCUAAAGGAGGUGUUCUCGCAAUGACCCGUGAACUUGCUAUGGUUCAUGCUAGGGAAGGCAUUCGCAUCAAUUCUCUUUGUCCUGGCCCUUUAAAGACUCCUCUCCUCAUGGAUUUCCUCGAUACCGAGGAGAAACGUCAGCGCAGACUUGUCCACCUUCCUAUGGGCCGCUUUGGCGAAGCAGUGGAACUCGCCAACGCUGCUCUUUUUCUUGCCAGCGAUGAAAGUAGUUAUGUGACGGGAACCGACUUCAAGGUCGACGGCGGACUUUCUUCAGCAUACGUCACUGCAGUCGGAGAGCCCGCACUUCCCCCACCAAUAAGUUUGGCCACUCGGCAGUGAUUCCCUGUUAUAUCGUACAAUCGAACGUUAGCUAAGAUUGAGACAAGUUGUAAUGUGAUCAAUCUGGAUAAAUCAAUGAACUAAAUUUAAAGUUCCUUGCGUCUCUUGACACCCUCAGCUUUCCUGAUCUUCGUGAUCUCUUUGCCGAUUUCAUUAUUGAUGCGUUUAUGCAUGGCAGGUCGGUAUCCAAGACCGAACAAUAUCUCAAGAUGCACAAAGAACGGUGCCAGUACAACAGCCCCUAUGAGGUUAUUGAGGAGAGCCGGAGCACGCUUCUCUGCAAGUCCAUGUCCAAGAAACUGUGCAACCCAUGAAGCAGCUUGCAGAAGACCCGCCCAGAUCAAGUAGCCUGGACGUUGCGAAAAUGCGAUUGCGCUGAGGAGGGACAGCACCAGUUGAGGGGCGUAAAACAAUGCAGCGACGGGUUCAAGAAUAAAAUAAUAGACCAGAUAUAACGCAGCAUGUAUUGUGGCGUAGUUCAAAUCAAAAACGAGGUAUUCGUUGAAUGCGUAGUGGAUCGUGGGCAUAAAUGAGGGCAUGGGUAAUGGGGCAACGAGUGCAUGAGCGGACCAGAGAAUAAUCGGCACGCAGAUGAUGUGGAUGAGGACGUUGACUUUAUUGGAGUGGUAGGCCCCAUAAAAGGUGAGCUGUUUGUCAACGUUGAAUAGAUGGGAGAGC